UGAAUCCAAAGGAUAAAAGGAUAGUUAGCCACGCUAGUGUACUUUCGUAAUACCAUUCUUCGACUUCGCUAAAGGCUAUUAAAGUGUUUGCAUUUAAUAGAGGAUUUGAUUUUUUGUUCUUCUCUUUCUUUCUUUCUUUCUUUUUUUUUUUUUCAUUUUUUAUUCCCUCGAAUAAAGACAUGAAGUACAAUUAUUUUCCGUCGUUAUCGCAUAUGCGAAAUAGUUUAAAGCGUAGCUCGAAGGAAUAUCUUUUAGAAAAUAGUUUACACGGUGUGCCAUACUUCGCCGAUUCUACACGUCCAAAAUGGGAGAGAGGACUAUGGUUUUUGUUAACGAUAACAUCUAUCGUAACAACGAUCGUCACGAUUAUAACAAUUUGGGGUAAGUUUCAAAAUAAUCCGACAUUGACGGAAUUGGAGACACGGGUGUCCGAAGAGGUAAUAUCUUUUCCACAAGUAUUUCUUUGCUUCGAAGGAAAUCAAUUAAAUGUUUCAGAUAAAAAUGAGAUCGAAAAAAGAUUUUACGAAAAAAUAUACGAAUGGAAGUGGGAUGAGAAGAUAAGCGAUGAAAUUAAAGAAAAGAUAUCGAAUAAAGUGACAAAUUUCUAUAAUGCCUUUAAACAAUGGACACCACAAUGUGAUGAUAUAUUAGAGAACAAUAUUGUCACAAAUAAUAGAAAUAUUCGAGGAAAGGACUUUAGGAAGGUCGUCACACCUGCUGGAGUUUGUUGCAAAUUUAAUUUCUCUAAGACCAUUUCGAUUGAGGACAUGCCAUUCAAAUUGGAAUUCAAACCCACCUUAUUUCCAUUAAAACUUUAUAUAACGGACAAGUUCGAUGUUGGACCUAAUCGUGAUAUUAUACCUCACAUAAAGCUUAGAAUACCUACAAGUAUGCAGCUUUAUGUAUUUCAUACUUAUGUAACUUCGGAUUUUCAAAUGCUUUCGGAUUAUCAAAGACAAUGUCAUUAUGGCAAUAUGGGCCGAUUGAGUUACGAUAAUUGUCGAUUGAAUUGCCUUUUGAAGGAUAUAUCAAAAAAAUGCAAUUGUUUGCCAUGGUUUUUAAAAAAAAAACAAAUCAAAGAAUGUUCACUAUCUCAAUAUUUUUGUCUGACAAAGGCAUACGACAAAUAUAUUGAUUGUAAAUGCACUUUACCUUGUAAUUUUACAGUAUAUAGAUUAAUGAAAACAGUAGAGGGCUUUGAUAAUGAUACGGAAAAUUUAUCAUCCACCGAAAUUAUUUUAAACUGGCCGGACGUUAUAUUCCGUAGAGAAGUUCGUUUUGGUUAUAUGGAUUUAGUGGUAGGCUUCGGUGGUAUUGCCGGAUUGUUUCUAGGAUAUUCCUUAUUGACAUCUUUCGAAUUAUUUUAUUAUCUGAGCUUUCGUGCAUAUUGCGGAGCCGUAUUAGAUUCGUCACGAAAAAGUCAUAAUAUUAUUAUGAUACGUUCGAAAAAAGUUAGAUUUAUUAAUAUUAAUAAUGAACAAUUUAAGCCUGAGAUUAAGUUUAUAUCAUAUAAUAAUUUUGAAAAUGAUAAAAUAUUUUAUAAAAAGUAAUUGAUCAAUUAUACAAGAGAAUAAGACAAGUAUUGUGUGUUAUCUGUAAUGCUUUUAUUUAUUAUUCAA